UCUGUCGAACCCCCAACUCUUCUCCAGCAUCGAGCAGCAGUUCCCGUUCAACACGCCCUCUACCAAACUAGAACUACAAUCCUUCAGCUUCUCAAAGCAUUACUCCCCCCAACCACCAAAAUGCAGUUCACCAGCAUCUUCACCGUCCUGGCCGUCGCCAUGACCGCCGCCGCCCUCCCCUCCGCCGGGACCGUCGCCCCCCGCGUGGCCGACAACAACUACUACUCCAGCGAGACGGCCAACACCUGCUGCACCGGCGUGGCCAACUGCGUCCUCCAACUCGUCGGCGAGACCUGCAGCGGCAGCGCCUACUGCUGCGAGACCGAUGCGCCCCAGGUGAGCUUUGCUUUUCGCGCAUACCUUCUUGCCGCCUUCGCCGCAAGACCUGUCGACUAACCAAAGCACCGGCACCACCUCCCAGGGCGGUCUCGUCAACGUCGAGGCCCUCGGCUGCACCAAGGUGCAGUAAGCGGCCAACCCUGGCCACCCAGCCCGCAUCACCACCAACGACCCCCUCUUUUCUCCCUGGGCGGCAACGGGGACGAAAACAAGGCGGCGCCCACAACAUCUCCGAAGGGGGCCCGCCUGGGGGGUUGGGGCACGCACAAGAGACCCUGUUAUGCCACCCACCGAUCGAUCAUCCCUUGUCUCGCUGGGACGCGGAGGGCGCAGACUCAACGGACGGGACUCUUGAGAUGGGGCUGGGGGGCGGUGGCGCAUGACGUUUCAUCGGUUUCUUUCUUGCUCUCGCUCUCGCGCUCUCUCGCUCGCUCUCUGGUCUUGUCUUUCCCUCAGGCCUGGGUGACAAUGACCAACCACGCUCAUUCAGAACAAAAUGAAAAGCGCACACUUACGCUACUCGCUGCACUCGAGCGGUGGUGGAGGAGAUGGGAUAUAGCCUGGGUACCUAGAUAGUAUGUUCUCGGUAAUCUAAUGAUUUGUGCCGGCCAGAUAUUG